AUGCUCUCUGUGAACCAUGAGCUAGAGCAGAAAUUGAUCACCGAGCAGGAGGACCAGGGCUAUGCUUCUCAAUCGAUUACACCAGAAAACCAGAAAGCUGUCGUGAAGAUGUAUGUGAUGCGUGACUCAGCGGGGGGCGUCAAGUGUUGUUAUUGCGGGAAAGAAAUAACUGCUCGCAACGUGGAUCGCUGGGCAUCACACCUGCGUGGUUGUGUUAAAACCCCAGACGACGUCAAGGCGCAAAUUCAGCCAACUCGCGGCGCUGCAACACCACCUUCUGAAACUAGCAUUUUACUUCCAGUGCAGUCUGUUUAUCAGACAGGAAAUACGGAAAUUAUAACGGCACCUGCAAACGCAAUACAGGCGACGAUUCCGAUAAACCACACAUCCAAUCUUAUUGGCUCCAGCUACAACGAGGUCUUCAAAGUGCACGUUUCCAAAGACUACAUGAAAUUCAACGCUGCGCACUUUAUUGCAUAUAAGGGCUUUCGCGAGAAGUUGCAUGGACAUAAUUACCGCUUGGCUGUCACAAUUACAGGACAAGUAGGCCCAGAUGGUUACGUUGUAGAUUUUGGAGAGAUCAAAAAGAUCUCGCGGGUCAUCUGCUCAGAUCUGAACGAAUCCUUUCUCGUGCCUAUGAACAGUGAUGCACUGAAGAUUUCGUUUGAUGGCACGAAUGUACACAUCUUAACAGAAGACAUGGCAAAGUUCAGUUUUCCAAAGGCGGACUGCUCAUUGUUGCCGAUUGUGCACUCUUCGGCCGAGGAACUCGCGACUUAUAUUAGUAAUCAACUUAUCGAUGCUUUUACGCUCGUUGCACUUUUGAAUCGUGGUGUGCGAAAGAUCGAGGUGAGCAUCUCAGAGGCCAACCAACAGUUUGCUACGUACGAGCGUACCAUUUUAGCUUAA